AUGUCCGAAUUUAAUGAAACCAGGAAGUUCGGCAAGCAAAUCCAACGCCAGCAGUUGGAUCUACCCGAAUAUGCCGCCAGUUUUCUCAAUUACAAGGCCUUGAAGAAGCUCAUCAAGCAACUCAGUGCCACUCCUACCAUUCCCGCACAGAGCGGUUCCACAGCAACCGACACACAGGCCGCCCUUAGAGCGAACAAAGAGGUUUUCUUCUUUCGACUGGAGCGCGAGAUAGAGAAGGUCAAUGGCUUUUAUCUGCAAAAAGAGGAGGAGUUUUCACUCCGCCUCAAAACACUACAAGACAAGAAGAGAGUCAUACAAGCAAGACUGGCCGCCAGUUCGAGGCUUUCUGCAAGUUUCGCAACGUUGGUCGAGGGAUUUCAACAGUUCGACAAUGAUCUCAAUAAACUUCAACAAUUUGUGGGCGUGAAUGAGACGGCAAUAUCGAAAAUCCUGAAGAAGUGGGAUAAAACGUCAAAGUCAAGGACGAAAGAAAUCUACCUGCAGCGAGCCGUCGAAAUCCAGCCAUGCUUCAACCGAGAUGUGCUUCGAGAGCUCGCCGAUAAAGCCACCACCGCCCGACUCGACCUAGAAGCAUGGGCCGAAGGCGAAAACAUACAGUACGAGGUGCCGAGACCUCAGGAUCGCACAAUCGGUCAGCGUGUGGGUACAGAAGAAAGUGACAUUGACCUACAGAUUUUGCAGGCAUCUGCCGCAGGCAAUGUUGCAGCAUUGCGCGAGUGGUUUUUGAGGUUAGGCACUUCACCGGACGCGCGCGAUCGUUUCACCCGAAUAUUUCUGGCAUCAAUCUCUGAGGCGCCCGACGAAUCCUUAAAUGUCUUCUUCCAUUCGGGACUGAUUGACAUCCAUGCAGAAGACGACAUCAACGAGCGCAACUGCUUGCACGAGGCGACGAUAUAUGGCAAAGAAAGUGUAUUGAACUAUGCUCUCGAAAAUGGUGUGGAUCUCACGCGCGUUGAUGCCUACGGGAGGGUGCCCCUACAUUACGCAUGUCUAAGAGGAAGGAUUGGUAUGGUGGCGACGUUGUUGGCUGCCGGACCGAGCACAAUUGACCUGAAAGAUCACGAUAACUUUACCCCUCUAAUACACAGUAUCGUCCGUCAUCGCAUCGACUGCGUCCGUCUUCUGCUCGCCAACAAUGCCAGGAUCGAUCCCCAGUCCGACAACGACCACAUACCCCUAAACCUGGCAUGUCAGCAUGAGUCGAUCGAAGUCGCAGGUCUGCUUUUGGAGAGAAAUGCAAGACUACUGGCCGAUGCAGAAGGCCUCUUCCCUCAACAUCUUGUCGCCCGCUCAAGUCAGAAGCCCGACCUCUUGUUACUGCUUAGACAGCACGGAGCCGACCUCAAUCAACGGGACAAGCUGUAUCAGUGGACACCACUGUUCCACGCAGCAAGCGAAGGCAGAGUCGAGUGCUUGCGAGCACUGCUUGAGAAUGGUGCAGACCCAGAAGCUCUUGACGAGAAGGGUCUCACGGCCAUGUAUUACGCGACCUGGGAAGGCCACUUGGAAUGUAUGGAUCUUCUGUGGGCGCGGACCAGCCAGCAUCGUGCUGAAUGGAGAUCUUCCACCAGACUGGGAGUCGUUGCUCCUCCCCACAGUCAGAUGCUUGCGAUGGAGAUCACUCCGGAAGAGCCCGCUGCGAUGGACGCAGAUGGCAUCCCGGACCUCUCGCUCCCACCGCCAAUCAUGCCGCUACGUCGAUAUGGACACAGCUUCCUCGACACCAAAACAUUCAUCGCAAUCAACUUCGACCGUGCAGCAAAGGCGAUACAGUUCUUUAAUGAGGCGAGGUAUCCUGCCGCACGCCUGACAAUCUCUUCGAAGACCUCCGACCUCAUCCCUCGCAAUCUGAUGCUUCCAAUACAAGAAGACUCAAGGUCUGUCUAUUAUCAGAUAGAAAACCUCAGCACUUUCUCCUUGGAUUUCGAGAUUUUCCCGACCUUCGGAUCAAAAGUCAUCGCCAAGUCAGUUGCGCUCCCUGACGUCUUCCAAGCAAUUGACAGCAGCGCUGGGAGUUGCUGUCUACCCUUAUUCGACCCGAGACUACGGGCCGUAGGGCAGCUCCAAUUCAAUUUCCAGGUCAUCAAGCCUUACCCUGGAAAAACGCUUGAAAUCACACAAUUCCCGUUCUAUUGGAGGCAAACCAGUGCCUUGGAUGACCAGGGCGGAUCGAUGACGGGCUCAAGUCUCUCGGGCGACUACCUGAAGAUCACCGUGCAACUCACCCGUGACAGAGUGCCGGUCAUAUACCCGUCCUAUUUCGUGCCGCAUCACAAUCUCGAGGUCUCCCUGUGUCAGCUCACAUAUGACACCCUUGCGAACCUUGGCAUGAAUGGUAACCUUCUCCUUAACGAUGGAGCGCCGGCUCUGGAAAGCGUCAACAUCAUCGACUGGAAAGAGCGCCUUUCCACGUCAAUCUUUACCCUUCGCAACGUUUUGGCUGCUGUGCCGGUCCAGCUCAAUCUCAAUCUCCACAUCCUGUAUCCCUCCAACCAUGAGGAUCUCAACCUCGGAGUCUACUCAAACAUCGACAUCAACACCUUCGCUGACGCGAUCUUGACCGAAGUGUUUGAUCAUGCGCGGGCCUUGCGAACACUCUCUCCCGACCUGACGCGAUCCGUCGUCUUUUCCUCCUUCAAUCCCAACAUUUGCACCGCGCUGAACUGGAAACAGCCAAACUACCCUAUCCUGCUAUGCAACGAUCUAGGCCGCCUGCAGAGCGCCCUGCAGUCAUCGAGUAAUGCCCUCGAAGCAGGGCUCGCACGGGGCACGUCCAUCAAGGAAACUGCUCGCCUCUCCCAGAUGAACAAUUUCAUGGGGCUGACUUGCUCGGCGCGGAUCUUGCAGAUGGUCCCUGCUCUGACCGAAACGAUCAAGCAAGCCGGAUUGGUCCUUGUCUCCGAUGCCUCUGCGGAGGACACCACCGCGCAUGGCCUGGAAGCUGACGGUGCAGUUUUCGCGAUGAAACCGGACGGCGUCAGCGGUGUUAUGAAGGCGAAUGGUAUUCUACGCUUCAAUGAGACUGUCGACAUGUAG